GUACCCUCCAUUGAUAGCAACAAUAUGACGUUACUUGACUAUUACUGCAAGUUCCUGAUAAACAUAAAGUCAACGCUCGGGACGAAUCAACCAUCGUCGGCGUGAAGCUUGCUCAGAACUCGGGUGUCUCCUAAUACUAAUUCUUCAUCCAAUAUGACCUUGGGCAUCGACCUCGUUUCACCAGUGGGCGACAAGCUAGACUGGGAAUGUCAAGAGCUCAAAGCCAAAUUCCCUCGAACCAAAGAGGAUAUCCCGAAGGUCCCGAAGCCGCAAGAAUGCUUAUUGCUCAUCGACGGCGAAGUCGUCAAGAGCAGUCAGAAACCAACUAAUGUGCAGUCGCCGUUCGUCACCCAGGACCAUCCCGAUGAGCACAUCGUCAUCGGCCGGUUCGAGAUGGCCUCGGAGCAACAGGCCAUGCAGGCAUUGGAAGCUGCAGAGCGUGCGUACAUGUACGGGCGGGGCGUCUGGGCCAAGAUGUCAAUGGAUGAGCGAUGCAAGCGCAUGGAAAGCUUUGCCGCCGACUUGGAGAGAAAGACAGACGAUAUUGCCGAACUCCUGAUGUGGGAGAUUGGCAAAACGGCGAAGGACGCCCGCUCCGAGGUCACGCGGACGGUGACGUACAUUCGCACCGCGAUCAACGAGGCCAAGGCACUCGUCGAGUCGGAGUCGCGGUGGCAGGAGGAAAAGGGCAUCGUCUGUCAGAUCCGCCACUUGCCCGUCGGUGUCGUCCUCGCCUCGUCGCCAUUCAACUACCCCCUGAAUGAGGCAUACACGACGUUUAUCCCGGCGCUGCUGAUGGGGAACUCCGUGAUUGUACGGGCUCCGCGGAAUGGCGCCACGCCGCACUUCCCUACUCUCGAACUCUUCGCGAAGCAUUUUCCCCGCGGCACGAUCCAGGUCCUCACGGGUUCGGGACGCGAGAUCAUGGGAGCACUUGUUGGCACUGGCCGCAUAGACGCCGUGGCCUUUAUUGGUACAGCAUCCAGCGCAAAAGGUCUCCUGAAGGGUGCGCCUAACCCGCACCGGCUGCGCGUUAUGUAUGAGGGAGAAGCCAAAGACGCCGCCAUCCUCCUUCCCGACGCCGAUGUCUCCGUCGCUGUGGACAGCUGCGUGUCAGGCAUGACGUCGUUCAACGGGCAGCGCUGCACCGCCAUCAAGAUGAUCUGGGUCCACCAGUCGCAGGCCGAGGCGUUCAUCUCUCAGCUGGCAAACAAGAUCGACAGCCUCGUGCCCGGCAUGCCGUGGGACGAGAGCGUCAAGAUCACGCCGCUUUGCGAGGACACCAAGCCCGGCUACAUCCGGGAACUCAUCACUGACGCCCUCGCGAAGGGCGCGCAUAUCGUCAACCGGACCGGCGGCCGAUGCUACCGCACGCUCUGCACGCUGUCGAUCCUAGCGCCGGUCAACAAGCACAUGAAGGUUUGGAGCGAGGAGCAGUUCGGCCCCGUCACGCCUGUCGCAAUCUACUCGGACCUGCAGGAGCCCAUCGACUGGGUAUCGCAGAGCGAGUACGGCCUGCAAUGCGCGCUGUUCGGGUACGACGAGGCGCUCCUCGGCCGCCUGGUCGACGCACUGGCUUACCAUGUCGGGCGCAUCAACAUCAAUGCGCCCGAUCAGCGGGGUCCGGAUGUGUUCCCCUUUACGGGGCGCGGAAAUUCGGCGCUAGGGAUCCUAAAUGCAACAGAGGCGCUGAAUUUCUUCUCGGUGCCGACAAUGGUGGCAGCUAAGACAGAUGACGAGCGGAGUGUUGGGGCACUGAAGGCCCUGAACGGAGGUGACAAAUGUAGUGUGCUAUUCGGAGCGAACUAA